CGAUAGGCUCUCGCUUGACCGCCACAGUGAGUUGUCAACAUGGCCGGGCAGAAGUUCGAGUACGAUGAGUCUGGGUCCACAUUUUUCUACUUCCUGACGAGCUUCCUGGGGCUGGUGCUUUUGCCGUGCACGUUUUACUUCUGGCCGGACGGGGCGAAGGAAGAGGAGAAAGACAGAGAUUUCUGUGAAGUAUUCCAGAGAAAACAGUCAAAACUCAAAAAGCCAGAAAAAUGGAAAGGUCUUCGCAAAACUACACAACGAAUGCUGAUCAUCAUUGGCUGGGUGCUGAUGGCCAUCCUGGUGUACAAGCUCCAGCAGUUCGACUACGAGUAUGCCAACUUCGACCCUUAUGACAUCCUGGGGGUCAGCAUGAGUUCCUCGUUAGCAGACAUCAAGAAGGCGUACCGCAAGCAGUCCCUCAUUUACCAUCCCGACAAGCCCACGGGAAAUGAGCGCAAGUUCAUGAGGCUCAACAAGGCCUACAGAGCACUGACAGAUGAGGACGCCAAGAGAAACUUUGACCGCUAUGGGCAUCCGGACGGUCCCGGGGCCAUGCACUUUGGUAUCGCUCUUCCCUCCUGGAUCGUCGAGAAGGAGAACUCGCUGUGGGUGCUGGGACUGUACGGACUCGUCUUCAUGAUCGCGCUGCCUACUGUCGUCGCCAUCUGGUGGUACCGCUCGUCGAAAUUCUCCAACGAUCAAGUGCUGCUGGACACGACGCAGCUCUACUACUACUUCUUCCACAAGACGCCGCACAUGGUGUUCAAGCGUGCCCUGAUGGUGCUGGCCGCCUCACUCGAGUUUGAGAAGGGACACAACCCGGAGAUCGUGGAGCGACCGACCGACAACAUAGAACUGCCGCAGCUCAUCAAACAGCUCCCCAACCUCGGCGAAAAGAACAAGGAACGGCCUCUGUGCUUCGCCUAUUCCAUGAAGGCGCGCUCCCUCCUCCACGCACACCUCUCCCGCAUGAGGCUCCCAGACGACACGCUGGACCAGGACAGACUCUACAUUGUCAAGUGCUGCCCCAUUCUGAUCCAGGAGAUGGUGACAUGCGUGGCUCAGCUCAUCAUGCUUGCCCACGCCGGCCGCAUCUCCCGCCUCCCCUCCCUGGACACCAUCGAGGCCUGCAUGAAGCUCUCGCCCCACAUCGUCCAGGCGCUCUGGGACUCCAAGAACCCUCUCCUGCAGCUGCCCCACGUCACGGAGGACUCGCUGAGGCACUUCGUCAGCAAGCGUCGGCCAGUCAAGACCAUCGAGCAGCUCCUUGCCUUGCCUGCGACCGAGAGACACCACGUCCUGCGCUCCCUGGCUGAGGAGGAAUUCAAUGAUGUCAUGAUCGUGUGUAGCAGGAUGCCCAAGAUCGAGAUGGAGGUGAACUAUGAAGUGGUGGAUGACGACGAUAGUGGAGUCUUCACCGCGGGGGCCAUCGUCACCGUCACCGUCAACCUCCGGCGCCGCACCAUGGGGGAGGUGUACGAACAGAGCCUGCAGGAGGGUGAGCAGACCAGGGUGGAGGGUGUGCAGGAGAAGGAAGAGGAGCCUGGUGCUGUUGUUGCUGCCAAAAAGUCUGGAUGGAAGCCCAAGACCCAGCCCAAGAAGGGAGGCAAAUCCAAGGCCAAGGCUCAGCCCCAGAAGAAGAAGCAGCAGCAACAGCAGCAACAACCACAACCACAGCCGCCCACCAAGAAAGAAGAAGAGGGUCAAGAGAAGAGUAAGAAACAUAAUCAUAAAAUUGCAGGUAGCGGGCAGCAGGUGGAGCGGGUGGAGAACGUGGUGGAGGAGAAGGGCGAGCAGACGGAUGAGGAUGAGUCUGCCUCACAUUCGGAUGAGUCACAGGCAGAGGAGGCGGAUACGGAGUCCCACAAGGAAGAGAAGCAGGCGAAUGCUCUGGAUGACGAUGCAGAGUGGGAGCGGUUCCAGAAGGGCCUCACCAAGCGGGAGAAGGCCCUGGAGGGGAAGUCCAAGCUCUCCCACACGGUCCACUGCCCCUUCUUCCCUGAGGACAAGCAGGAGUACUGGUGGACUUACGUGUGUGACAGGAAGAAGCACUUGCUCAUCACAGCGCCAUACCAGAUUACCAACCUCGUGGACAUGGAGGAGGUGCAGCUCAAGUUCACGGCUCCUCAGCGACCAGGAAUCUACACGUACCAGGUCUGCCUUCGCUCCGACUCCUACCUCGGCCUGGACCAGACUCAGGACAUCAAGCUGGACGUGAAGGAGGCCCGGGAGAUCCCCACGGAGCAUCCUCAGUGGGAGUCGUCGAGCGAUGAGGAGGAGGAGGACGAGAAUGAGGUGGCCAGGGACGAGGGUGAAGAGUCUGAGUACACGACGGAUGAGGAGAGCGCCUAAGAGUGAUGCUGAGAAUUGGCACUCGUGAAAUCAGGACCUAUCGUGCCAUCUAUGAUCCAACUCGUCUCUUCAGUAUUGUUAUUACACUUAUAGUUCGGUCUGAGCUUCUUCCAAGGGCAUGAUGGGUUGUCUGAAAGCUCUGGGCAUUUUCUUAUAUUUAAUUAUUAGCUUUUUUUUCAUUUUUCACUGUCGUUAUAUUUAUUGUCACUAUCUGGCAUUCCAUUGUUAUUUGGUGCACGUGCAAUGGUUCUUAUUUAUUGUGCUAGUGGGAGAAAGAGAAAGAGAGUGAAAGAGAGUGAGAGAGAGAGAGAGGGAGGGUGAAAAGAAGAGAGAGUAUGGUUCAGUUUUUUGGGGGGGUUUGUCUUAGUGGACUGCAACACUUUUAAUUAAUCUGCAAGACGAGAGAGAAAUUGUUAUCCUUGUUUGCAAAGUUUAUUGACAGCAUUGUAUCAUUGACACUUAGAGCAACCCACUUAUCUGCCUCUUGCUGUUGUUUUGUAUGCAUUCAUUACUGUUGUUUAUCUUUUUAUAGAAUGACAGUCAGCCAGUCAGGAGAAUAGGACAUGAGCUGAUGGGACAAAAAGUUAAUUAAUGGUAAAAGUUUAUUGUUUAUCUAAUGCAUGGCUAAGAAACUCACUCAUUUAUAUUUUUGCUGCAUAAGUGAGUCAUUAUUUUCUUUUAUUUUUUCUUAUAAACAUGAUUUCUGCAUUCUAUUUAAUUAUUUUCUUUAUUUGUCUAAUUUUUAGUAUCCAUGUCUUUUGGCGAUCUAUAUUUUCCUUAUUUUCCAUUUUAUUUUUUAUCUAUUUUUUACUAUUUGUGUCUUUUGGGCUUCUAUAUUUUCUCUUCUUCAUUUUAUUUAUUCAUUUAUUUGAUUUUUUCCUGUCUUCCAUGUCUUUGUGCCCUCAAUGCAACAAGUAUAUUUUUUUGCACAACGUUUCAACAUGCCAACGUUCUCGGUCUCCGACAUCGUUAACAUUACGUACCGACUAACUAACUAACUAUGUACUGUCAGCGUGCAGACUAAAACAAAACAAGAACAGAACCGCCACAUCACCUCUGUCUGCAUAUCUUCCUGCUCCUUUCAUCCAGUUUACUUACACUCUCAAAAACAGGAAUUCUAAUGUCUUUUCCCUUCCUAUUUCACAUUUUGGAUGGAUAGAAAAAAUGACAGAGUAAUGAGUGUUGGUGGGCUGAGCGCAUGCAGAACCCCACCAAGGAAAAUGGGGUCGGGAAAUGGGAUAUGGGAUAUGGGGGGGGUUUAAGGUAAAGUAAUGGGGAGGUAUGGAGGGGGAGAGUGGGUAAGGGAAUACUCAGCCAUUUCUAAAACAUCGUCAUAUGAGUCGUAAUGUGUCCCAGCAAUCCUCUAAGUGUUAAUCGUGUCUGAAGAUAUUUUUAGACCUCCAGAAAAUGAAAUAAAUGAGAAUCUUCAGUCGUGUUAGCUUUGAAUGUGUAUAUCUUUUUCUCAGAUGAUGUGUGUGUGUGUGUGUGUGUGUGUGUGUGUGUGUGUGUGUGUGUGUGUGUGUGUGUGUGUGUGUGUGUGUGUGUGUGUGUCGUUACUUAGGUAUAUCUCCGUUCUCUCGUAAACUUGUAACUUCCCAGGUGUCACUGAAUGUUUGUGGAGAUCAGAUCAAACUGACAGUGUAAGCACAAAGAAUUAUUUUGUUUAUGAAUAAAGUUUAGCUAAUACUGCA